CUCGGUGCGGCUGUUGUGUUUGCGUUCGUGGUGGUCUCUGCAGCUCGUGCUUGCCGUUAUGCCUGAACCGGCGAAAUCCGCCCCGGCGUCCAAAAAGGGCUCGAAGAAAGCUGUCACCAAAGCCCAGAAGAAGGACGGCAGGAAGCGCAAGCGCAGCCGCAAGGAGAGCUAUUCCAUUUACGUGUACAAAGUGCUGAAGCAAGUGCACCCGGAUACCGGCAUCUCAUCCAAGGCCAUGGGCAUCAUGAACUCGUUCGUCAACGACAUCUUCGAGCGCAUCGCGGGCGAAGCGUCGCGCCUGGCGCAUUACAACAAGCGCUCGACCAUCACGUCGCGGGAGAUCCAGACGGCCGUGCGCCUGCUGCUGCCCGGCGAGCUGGCCAAGCACGCCGUGUCCGAGGGCACCAAGGCGGUCACCAAGUACACCAGCUCCAAGUGAGUUCCUGCCGGGAUGCGGCGCUCGCACGAGGCGCCGAGCCGCUUGACUUUCCAAAGGCUCUUUUCAGAGCCACCCACUCUCUCAGUGGAAGAAGCUGUCAUGUUGUUUUACACAGGUUUUUUGUAGCUCUACUUUGCUUUUUUUCCUCACCUAGUUAACGUUAAGAGCGUUCACAGUCGUUAAGUACGAACACAGCCAUUUCUUUCAGAUAAGUGACGGAGUAUUUUUACCUAGUUUGGGAGAAUCUAAUGGGGUAUAGAUGUGCGGUGUUUUGUCAGAACUCUUGAAACUGUCUGUUUUCAAUGAUGUUGCUUUUUAUGAACUUUUGUAUGCAAGAUAAAGUUCGAAUAUCAAAGGUGCAUCUGGUGUUCCCAAGUGGUAAACAGUCGUGGUACUUAAUUUUUUGUAUUGUGUGGUCGGUGUUGUUUACAAAAAAAGGAUAACUCAACUUUCACUUGGUGCUAACAAAUUCCUUGCGUUUGUGUUAUCUUGCAUUCACAAGCACCUGCGUACCCAGUUUAUGUGUAGAUUCCCCAAUAGGGAAACUGGAGCUUGCUUUUGAUACCUAGGAAUUAACCAUUCUUCUAGUGGUUUUUGUCUGCCUCAUCUUAGGUCAAAUCACAUAAAACUUGACUAAUACUCGGUGAUAGUGUUCUCUCCAGAGAAUUACCUCUUAGAAAAGCUUACCCAAUUUAAAAGAUAUGUCCAUACAAUGGAAAUAAGAUGUGCAUAAUUUCCGAAGCAGGAAAAUAUUUGAAAUGUUCAAGGAGCAGAAAGCCCCAAUAUAGCUGGGAAUGCAAAGGAGACUGGCUUCAGAGGUUAGUGUCGGUGCUUUGGGAACCCUUGGAUUGCUUUCUGUAGGGACAUGGAUAACAGGACCUCAUUAACCUUAAAGUAGAUCACUGGUUGCUAUGGUGAAUCAUAGAUCCUAGAUUAUCCAUAGAAUCAAGGGAACCAAUUAGGAGGGCUAUUACAGUGUUGCAGGCUAGAGCAGUGACUCUUACAGUGGCUUCUCUUGUUGCGGAGCACAGGUUCUAGGCACGUGGGCUUCAGUAGUUGUGGCACGCAGCCUCAGUUGUUGUGGCUCACAGGCUCUAGAGCGCAGGCCCAGUAGUUGUGGCACAUGGGCUUAGUUGCUCUGCAGCAUGUGGGAUCUUCCUGGACCAGGGCUCAAACCCGCGUCCCCUGCAUUGGCAGGCAGAUUCUUAACCACUGUGCCACCAAGGAAGCCCCUAGAGCAGUGACUCUUAAUUAAAGUCUCUUCUCCAGACCAGCAGUAUUAGCAUUACCUGAGAAUUUAUUAAAGGCAGAAUCUUAAGACCCUAAUAGUUUGUGUUAACGAGCCCUCUGGGUGAUUCUGAUGCAUGCUAAAGUGUGAGAACCACUGGGUGGUCUAGACAUGCUGGAUUGGAGAACAGUGAUAAUAAUGGAGAUGGUGAGAAAUGUUGUGAUUACGAUUAUAUUUUGGAGGUAGUACUGUGGAUAGGAGCAAAACCCCUAGAUUUUUAGCCUGAGCAACUGCGUAAACAGUGGUGCUGUUGAUUAGGAUUGAAUACUGGGAGGAGGGAUAGAUUGGGGCAUUGAAGGGAGAUCCAGAAUUCUGAUUUAAGAUUGAGAACCUUUAAUAUAUGGAGUUGACAUUCAACAUUCAGCUCGAUAAAUGGAGUUGGCAGUGUGAGAGAUGCAUCUAGGGCUCAGUGAAGAGAACACGAACCUGCUUUUAAAAAAAGUGCACAACCUAAAAAUUGAGAAGUAUUGUUUUAUUCGGUGGACUUAGCUGAGGAAUUAAGCCUGGGAUACAGCCUCUCAGAUCCAAGGGACUGUUCCAAAGAGGUAUGGGAGGAGCCAGGAUAUAUAGGAGUUUCUGAUGAAAAAAAUAACCAAACAUAUAGUCGAACAUCAAAAGAUUACUGCUAAUCACAAAAACAGACAUCUCAAGUUAAUGAUUUUAGUGCUUUCCUAGGUAUGGGAAGAUACAAGAGUUUGGGCUUAUUGAAACCAUUUCUUUGAUAUGCACCUUAACUACGUAGGGCCAUUAUUUUGUUUUUCUGCAUCCUGAAUCUCCUCAGGGUGCACCGUCAGGGGUGGCUGCAGUGGCUGAGGGCUUUUUGGCCACAACAUCUUUUGCUUACUGAAAUGGCAGGCGACAUUCUUUGUCCACACUCUAAACACAGCAGUGGGGAUGAAGGCUAUCACCUUAUUCUUCUAGACUUUAUUUUUCCUUAUAUGUUUCCUUAACGUAUUCUUUGAGAUUUGAUUUCGUAUGUGUUUAUGUAGUAUAACUUAGUAGUUGAUAGCCCUAUAAUGUAUGUUAUUGACUAUGUAGCAUUUUUCUUAUUCUGUUUUUCUAAUUUUAUGCUGAUUUUCAUUAAGGAACUCACCUUUCUCAAUCCCUUAUGUAGGUGGAGCUCAAACUUGACUGCCCAUAGGUACCUGGAGAACUUUUAGAAAUACUGAUGUCUGGGUGCCAUCCCCAGAAAUUCUGAUUUAAGUGAUUUGGGACACAGUCAUAACUUGGAAUUUUUAAAAAGUUCCCCAGGUGACUCUAAUGAGCAGUCAAGUUUGAGAACCAUUGCCACAUGUGUUUCCCAGAAAACAGAUCUUAUCUACAGUUCUUAGUGUUGGCAUGAUUGGUUUAAAUGUAGUCCCAACCACUUCCCACACUGAUUAGCUCAGGAAUCUAGACCAAUCUAAUCAGCACAAACAUUUCAGAAAUUGAACUACUGGGAAUGUAGAUUGCUCUUAUCUUUUGGUAAAGAAUCUUCUUUGCUUUCAGGAGGCUGCAGCAGAAUGUAGUGUUAUGUGGGUGUGAAGGCAAGAAUGAUUGUAGACAACAGGAGGGCAACUGCUGAGAGGAAGAAUUGGAAAGCUGAGCCCACUCAUGGAGUUCAGCCAGCCUCAGAGCCCUACUUGGAUCUUGAAAUAUUUGAGAAAUAAUAAUUUCCCAGAAUAAAAGGAAAGAUGAUAGACCUUUUUAUCUUGGAAGGUCUCAAAGAGACCAAAUAGGGUAGAUAAGGAAAAAUAGAGGUGCUCCAACUACACAUUUGGACUAAAUGUCCAAGUUUUAAAAUCAAUAUUUGACCAGGGCCAAAGAUUAAUAUUGCCAUUAAAAUGAAGGACAGUCUAGGAUUUUUAAAAAUCUGAAAUUUUAUUUAAAAAUUAAAUAAUUCUAUUAUUAAAAAUUUUAGUUUGCAUUAGUUUCUUAGGGCUGCCAUAACAAAGUCCCACAAACUGAGUGGCUUAAAACAAUGGAAAUUUAUUCUGUCAUCAUUUCUGGAGGCUAGAAGUCUAGUCAAUGUGUUGGCAGGCCCCUGUCCCUCUGAAGGCUCUUGGCCAGGAUCCUUCCUUGUCUUUCAGCUUCUGGUAGCCCCAGGUAUUAUUUGGUUUACGACAAACCCUGACAUUUGUCUCAAUUUUCUUCCUGUGCAUUUCUAUAUAUAUAUUUUUUUUUAUUAUAAGGACACCUGUCAUACUGGAUUAGAACACACCCUAAUGACCUUAUUUUAACUUGAUUACAUCUACAAAGACCCUAUUUUCAAAUAAGGCCACAUUCUAAGGCACUGGGGAGUUAGACUUCAACAUAUCUUUUGAGGGGACACAAUUCAACCUAUAACAGUAGUCAACAGCGGGGGGUAGGCUGAAUAGGGCUCCUAAAUAUGCCCACAUCUAAAUCCCUAGAAUCUGUGAAUAUUACCUUAAGUGUCAAAGGGGACUUUCCUGGUGUGAUUUUGAGAUAGGGAGAUUAUGCUGGAUUAUUUGGGUGGACCCAAAUGUAAUCACCAGUGUCCUCAUGAGAGGCAAAAAAAAGCCAAAGGAGGAAGAAGGUGAUGGAAGCAGAGAGAUUUAAAGAUGGUACGAUGCUGGCUUUGAGAAUGGAGGCAGGAACCAUGAGCUAAGAAAUGCCUCUCUAGAACCUGGAAAAUGCAUGGAAAAGGAUUCUCCCCUAGAACCUUUGGAGAGAGCAGUUUUGAGACCCACCUGGUGAAACUGAUUUUUGUGCUUCUGAUCUCCAGAACUUUAAGAGAAUAAAUUUGUGUUUUAAGCCACCAAGUUUAUAGUUAUUUGUUACAGCAGCCGUAGGAAAUGAAUGCAACACCUUUAUAGCAGGGGUCCCCAACCCCCGGGCAGCAGACCGGUGGGGGUCCACGGCUUGUUGGGAACCGGGCCGCACAGCAGGGGGUGAGCGGCGGGCGAGUGAGGGAAGCUUCAACUGCCGCUCCCCAUUGCUCGCAUUACCGCCCCCCACGCCUGUCUGUGUAAAAUUGUCUUCCACAAAACCGGUCCCUGGUGCCAAAAAGGUUGGGGACCGCUGCUUUAAAGGAUAUUUUUUUGACAAUUGGAGAAAUUUGAAUAUGGAUUGCAUAUUGGUUAAUAUUACUGAAUCAAUAUUAAAUUUUUGGGGGGUAAUAAUGGUACUGUAGUUAUAUAGGAGAAUGUCCUUGAUUUUAAGAGAGACAUGUAAAUAAAGUAGGGAAAAGAAUGAAAUUUUGCCAUUUGCAGGAACAUGGAUGGACUUGGAGGGAUUAUGCUAAGUGAAAUAAGUCAGAGAAAGAUACUGUAUAAUAUGACUUAUAUGUAGAAUCUAAAAAUUACAACAAACUAGUAAAUAUAAAAGAAGCAGACUCACAGAUACAGAGAACAAACUAGUGGUUACCAGUGGGAGAGGGGCAAUUUAGGGGUGGGGGAGUGGGAAGUACAAACUACUGGGUGUAAGAUAGGCUCAAGGAUGUAUUGUACAACACGGUGAAUAUAGCCAAUAUUUUGUAAUAACUGUAAAUGGAAAGUAACCUUCAAAAAUUAUGUAAAAAUUUUAAAAAAUGUUAAGUAGGGAAAAAUGUCAAGAUGUUUACAACUGAUUUUAAAAUGGUUCAGAAAAUGCAAAUGCAGCAAAUAGUAACAACUGGUGAAACUAGAUGAAGAUAAUGCUGGUCAUUGUACAGCUUCUUUCAACUUUUCUAUAGGUUUGAAUUUUACAAAACAAAAAAUUGAGAAAAUUUUAAAAACUUGUAAUCAGACUUAAUAAACUAGUACAGAAAACUUU